AUGUAUCGUUUGUUGAGGUCAGUUCAGCAAUGGACGCGGCCUGAUCUAAACAAGACUCGUGCGUCACAGACAGACAUGAGGCUGUGGUCAGGAGCAGUGAGAGUCGCUGCUGUGUCUCCCAGAGGACAGAGCUGCAGACACUUCUGGGGUUGGCUCAACGCUGUUUUCAAUAAAGUGGACCAUGAGAGGAUCAAAGCUGUGGGGCCCGACCGCGCUGCUGCCGAGUGGUUGUUGAGGUGUGGGGCCAAAGUCCGGUUCCAGGGCUUUGAGCGCUUCCACAAGGACUACAACGCUCUGCCCACGGGGCCCCUGGGGCGGUACCGGAUCCAGGCCAUAGACGCCACAGAGUCCUGUAUCAUGCACAAGGGCUUCGACCACUUAGACGGACUGACGCAGCUGGAGGAGGUCCGCUUUAGGAAGUGCAUCUACAUCGAGGACAGCUGCCUGGAGAGACUCAGCUCCAUCCAGAACCUGCAGAACUCUCUGUUUCUGCUGGAGGUGGUGUCGUGUGGCAACGUCACCGACAAGGGCCUCAUCGCACUGCACAAGCUCAAGAAGCUGGAGUACUUGUUCCUCAGCGAUCUUCCCUGA